AUGGGGGUGCCAGAGAGGACCAUGUCAGGGGUAAGCCAGGCUCUUUCUGUCCUGCAGGCUGUUGUUCCCGGGCCAGCUGAGCACCCCUUGCAGUACAACUACACCUUCUGGUACUCCAGGCGAACGCCCGGGCGGCCCACGAGCUCCCAGAGCUACGAGCAGAACAUCAAACAGAUCGGCACCUUUGCCUCCUGGGUGCGGGCCCGAGGGCUGGGGGCCGUGAGACAGCGGCCGUCCCGCACCGGGGAGCCGCGGGCUGCCUCGUGGUCCCGCUUCGCGCUCGUCUUUCCCGGCGCUUGGCAGGGAAUGGGCGGGCGGAAAGACUCGUGGGGUGCCGGGUGUGUGCUCGCCUGUGCCGUGCUGAGAGGCGUGGGGAGCGGGGUGGGCGAGUCAGCAGAGUUACAGAGUUACAGUGACAGCUCUUCGUGUGGUCCCUCCCUAACAAGUCGCUGGGGUUUUCUCUGGCAGAAAGUGUGUUCCCAAGAUGCCUGUGAUGGGCGCUGGCCAUGCCAGGUAGAAGUAGUUUUUGCUGUGUGGGCUGUCAAGUGCAGGUUCCCAAACGCUGGGGGCCCUUGUGCCACAGAGGAGCUUUGGAGCAGAGGUUGGUGUGAACUUUCCCAGCUGUGUGGUGCCAGACUGGCUUUCUUUGUCCUUUCCUUUACCAGAUUGAAAGAUGAUGAUAGUGGAGACCAUGACCAGAAUGAGGAGAAUAACACACAGAAAGACAGUGAGAAGGAAAAGAAUGAUCGGGAGAAGCCACAGAGUACUACCAAGAGGAAGGCUGUUGUUCCCGGGCCAGCUGAGCACCCCUUGCAGUACAACUACACCUUCUGGUACUCCAGGCGAACGCCCGGGCGGCCCACGAGCUCCCAGAGCUACGAGCAGAACAUCAAACAGAUCGGCACCUUUGCCUCCGUGGAGCAGUUCUGGCGGUUUUACAGUCACAUGGUACGUCCUGGGGACCUGACAGGCCAUAGUGACUUCCAUCUUUUCAAAGAGGGCAUCAAACCCAUGUGGGAGGAUGAUGCCAACAAAAACGGUGGUAAAUGGAUUAUCCGUCUGCGGAAGGGCUUAGCGUCACGAUGCUGGGAGAAUCUCAUUCUGGCCAUGCUGGGAGAACAGUUUAUGGUGGGGGAAGAAAUCUGCGGGGCGGUCGUCUCUGUCCGAUUCCAGGAGGACAUUAUCUCAAUAUGGAACAAGACAGCCAGCGACCAGGCCACGACAGCGCGGAUACGCGACACGUUACGAAGAGUGCUCAACCUACCUCCCAACACCAUCAUGGAAUACAAAACCCACACCGAUAGCAUCAAGGAUAAUUCAAGCUUUCGAAACACAAAAAUCACAUUGUGAGAACAAGAGUUGGCACUAAGCUCCUCUCUCCAUGUUGAAAGCACUGAGGGGUCUCUACCAGUGCCCUCGACCUCUGAAGGGACUCAUGGGCCACUCUCGCACUCCUCCCUGGAGGAAGGAUCCAUCAAGCCCUCCAGCAGCGGUGACAAUAGAGGCCGAUUUUGUCUUACACAAACUUUUUUUAGCAGUGGGGCGGGAGGCCAGCCUUUCAAUUAGCAGCGUGCCCUUGGGGCCGCAUCUUGCAGCACUUUCCUCUCUUUCUCUACAUGGCAUGCAGGAUCUCUGGGAUUCUGCCUCAACAUCGGAGCCUUUUGCUGAGGGAUACCAGUAUUAUAAAUCUCUCUGCAGCUGGGCGGAGCAUCCCAGUUGAGAGUCAGCCCUGUGGUUUUCAAAUGCCCCUUUUCAGUUCUGCCAAUAAAUUAUUGGGUCUCUUUGUUUCUUUCAGUCUC